AUGACGAUUGAUCAAAACGAUCUCUUGGUCGAAUGCUUCAAGAACGGUGCGGAUGAUCAUGAUUCUGGCUUUGUCGUCCAUUUCUUCAGUGACCACGAUGCUGAUUCUAUCAGCAUUUCGCAAGAAAUUGACAGUUAUUUAGAAACGCGAUUGUUUGAUGCAAUCAUGACAUCGUCGGCUUGGAAAUGUCGUCGAGUGAAUGCUCGACUCGCACCAGUCGUCACCAAAAUACUGGAUAUCGAUCCAGACCAACCAACGGUGGUGGCAAUCAAACAUGGUGUCAUGGUGACAAAGCAAACAUAA